GUAUAGUCAACUACUUCUCCACACCAGCCAAAAAAGUCUCCAACUCAGCUUUCAAUCGUCUGCUGAACUCCAUGUACCGUUUGUCCUAUCCUCCACCUUGACAGGGAGUCAUUCCUCUCCUCACCACACCCUCUUUCUGUUGCCAUCCCUACUAUGACGAGAACUCUAAGGAGUCCUCGGGCCACAGGAUGGGUAUGCAACGCCUGUCGCCAUAGAACCUCCACACUCACGACCCUCCCACUACGACAUUGGACCUCAAGCCGCCAGUCAUCCUCGUCCGCAUCCUCGCCCAAAUCCAAAAUUCCAGAUCCCAAGGCUAGCAGAUUUCCUACGUAUCCUGCAAGGACUCGUUUCGCCCCCUCUCCCACAGGGGACCUCCACCUAGGCUCUAUCCGAACCGCACUCUUCAAUUAUCUCCUAGCAAAAGCUACCAAAGGCCAAUUCCUCCUUCGCAUCGAAGAUACCGACGCGAAGAGAACCAUCCCCGGCGCAGAAGAUAGGCUCUAUAGAGACCUCAGGUGGGCAGGCCUGGAUUGGGACGAAGGCCCUGUUGUGGGAGGCCCAUAUGGUCCAUACAAACAAUCCGAACGUCUUGCACAAUACCAGUCUCACAUACAAGACCUUCUCAAGACCUCUCACGCCUAUCGCUGUUUCUGUACGCCUGAAAGAAUCGAUGAACUCAACCGACGCCGCCAUGACAAGGGUCUGAGCCCAGGCUACGACCGAAAAUGCACUCAUUUAUCAUCCGCCGAAGUCGCGGAACGGGUGCAUAAGGGUGAGCCCCAUGUGAUCCGGUUUCGUGCGCCCGAAAAGUGGCCUCGAGUCAAAGACUUGACAUUUGGCUGGACUGGCCAUGGUGAGAAAAAGUCAAAGAACUUGCACGCCCAUGAGCCUGCGUACGAUGAUUCGGUGCUCAUCAAGUCCGAUGGCUUCCCGACAUAUCACUGGGCCAACAUAUGCGACGACCGCGACAUGAAAAUCACCCACGUCAUCCGAGGCUCUGAAUGGCUAUCGUCGACGCCGUUACACGUUGCUCUGUACAAUGCCCUUAACUGGACUCCCCCAGCCUUCGUCCAUGUCCCUCUUCUGUUCGAUACCAAUAAUCAGAAGCUCUCGAAGCGGAAUUUCGACUCUGACGUUUCCAGCUACCGCUCCAACGGGUUCUUUCCAGAAGCUCUCCUCAACUUUGCCGCUCUGUUAGGCUGGUCUCACAAGGAGAAAUCCGACUGCAUGGACCUCGACACCUUAAUCUCACUAUUCGACCUCAAAAUCACCAAAAACAACUGCGUCGUAACAUUCAAGAAGCUGGAUUUCCUGCAAGCACAACACGCGAGUCGGCACAUCGAGGCUGGCGGUGAAAAAUUCGAACAAAUGAUCCGAGACACGGCCGUCGCAGUCUUGGAAAAGUACGGCGCCGCCGCCGUCCAAUCCUUCAUCGGCACACGGUCUCUCCGCGACGUCCUCGCCCAGAUCAUGAGCAUCAAGUCUAUUGGAUAUUCCACGGCUCCCGCAUUCGCCGAGAAACUAGCCGUCUUUUUCGAGCCAUUACCUUCACCUCUCCCGCCACCGCCAGUCCUCUCACACGACCAAACAUGGCUUCUCCAUGCACUCCGUGUCGCAGCGAGUACACUACUCCUUGUACCAGCUGAAUCAUGGAACCAAGAAACUCAUCGAUCAAACCUACUUCUCCUCCAAGAAAAUCCAUACCCCGGCCUAGACACUACAACUACUACUACUAGUACUGAUAGUCCCUCAUCGGAAUUACCUGCCGACAGCACCGUCCUAACCUCCAAACAAUGGAGAAUUCUACUCUACCAUUAUUUACGAUGGGCAUUACUCGCCGGACGUAACGGACCGGGAAUUCCAGAAACGCUCGAGCUUCUGGGACCUGAAGUUUGUCGUCAGCGGAUUCAGGAAGCUAAUCAGCGGAGUCAAGAAUUCCAAGUCGAAUCAGUAAAACCGAUCCUUGAGGAACAGGGCUGGAAAGGUGAUGCUGAUGGGAAGAGGAGGGUAGAGAAGGCUUGGACGCCUCAUGCGUUGAAUGCGUCUCCUACUCCUCCUACUCCUUCUUCUUCAGCCUCAUCUUGAUCGACAGAUUGGUCUUGAAUGUGGGAGUCUGUGGCGGACUCAUGACUUGCAUGCGUAUGUACACCUAUGUAUGUAUAUGUGUAAACAUGAUGUAUCAAUAUGUACCAUCAUUGUGAUAUUAACAAUGGGAAUAAAGAGAUGAUUGUAGAAGA